CUGUUUCCAGGCUGGAGCGCUUUCAAACUCGGUUCAGUCUCGCUGCGACCGCCGACGCGGUCGGAUCGUCGCAUUUACGUAUUUUACGUUUUACGACGGUCUUCAUCUUCUUCUUCUCCUUUUUCUUCUUCUUCUUCUUCCUUCUCUUCCUCUUCUUCUUCCUCCUUCAUCUUCUUCUCAUGAUUUCUUCUAACUCGUUAACCUGAAUAUAUAUGUAUAUAUAUAUAUAUAUAGGAACAACGUGUUAGUCACUGUUUACCUCUUUCUCGCAUACAUCUGUAAAUUAACUUUCUCAAGUUAAUUGUAAAUUUAUUUUUCUUUAUUUUCUUUCUUUCUUCCUCCUCCUCUCCCCGGCCCUCUCCCCUUCAUUUUGCUGGCCCUUUUUUCUCUCUUUCUUUUUCUUCGUCUUUUAUUCUCUCUCUCUCUCUCUCUCUCUCUCUCUCUCUUUCUCUCUUUUUCUUUCGUGUAAAUCAUCAUCAUAGUCAUCAUCGUCAUCGUCGUCGUAAGGUUGGCCCCAUUUAGUCGGCAAAGAACGCGGCGAGACGAAGAUCCAUCGUCGAAAACUGUAAGAGAGAUCGAGAGACAUUUCCACAGAGAAAGACAGAUUUGGUAAAAGCAAAUAGUCAAAGAAGAAGAAGAAGAAGAAGAAGAAGAAGAAGAAGAAGAAAAAGAAGAAGAAGAAGAAAAGGAAGAAGAAUAACAAUAAGAGGAAAGAAGAAGUAAAGAGAAGAGGGGGAAAAAAAAAGGAGACACAAUUCGUCGAAUAUUCCGGUCGAAGUCGUCCAGCCAUGAUAUGACACUCGAGUGAAGCGAGCUCUCUGUAAGCGACGGGCAGCCAUCAUGAGGAUAUUACUUCAGCUUCUGACCGUCCUCCUGUUGGGCGUCAAUGCCAGACGAAGGGACAGCGAGGGGCCUGCAGACGACAUCUUUGGUGCACAGCGUCGUGCCACUCAGCACAAGAUUAAUUACAACAACAAUAACAACAACAACAACAACAACAAUGAUAACAACAACAACAACAAUAACAACAACAAUAAUGGUCAAGCAUUGAAUUCUCCGUACCUGCCCUAUCAACAACAGCCAAGGGAAAGGAAACCCAAUAUCGUAUUGAUCUUAACGGACGAUCAAGACGUCGAGCUUGGUUCGCUGAACUUCAUGCCGCGGACCCUAAGGCGAAUAAGGGACGAGGGAGCCGAGCUGAGACACGCAUACGUGACCACUCCCAUGUGUUGUCCAAGUCGGAGUUCCUUACUGACCGGCCGUUACGUUCACAAUCACGAGGUCUUCACGAACAACGACAACUGCAGUAGCCCCCAGUGGCAAAGAGAUCACGAACCGCACUCCUUCGCCGCUUACCUGAGCAACGCAGGAUAUCGUACCGGAUACUUCGGUAAAUAUUUGAACAAGUACAACGGCUCGUACAUACCGCCUGGCUGGCGGGAAUGGGGUGGUCUGAUAAUGAACUCGAGAUACUACAACUACAGCGUCAACAUGAACGGGAAGAAGAUAAAGCACGGCUUCGAAUAUAGCAAGGACUAUUAUCCGGAUUUAAUAGCUAACGAUAGCGUUGCGUUUCUACGGCAAAGCAAGCAUAAUUUCGCUCGCAAACCGGUAAUGUUGGUUGCAAGCUUUCCGGCGCCUCAUGGACCAGAAGAUUCCGCGCCGCAAUUCUCGCAUCUCUUUUUCAACGUCACCACUCAUCAUACGCCAGCUUACGAUUAUGCACCGAAUCCAGACAAACAGUGGAUUCUCCAAGUCACUCAGAAGAUGCAGCCUAUACACAAACAGUUUACGGAUCUCUUGAUGACCAAGAGACUGCAGACUUUGCAGAGUGUCGACGCAGCGGUCGAUAGAAUCUAUCAGGAAUUGAAAGAUUUGGGAGAGCUGGACAAUACUUACAUAAUUUAUACAUCCGACCAUGGUUAUCACUUGGGACAAUUUGGUCUUAUCAAAGGCAAAAGCUUCCCAUUCGAGUUUGACGUCAGAGUACCUUUUCUCAUAAGAGGACCCGGCAUAGAACCUGGAUCCGUAGUAGACGACAUAGUUUUAAACAUUGAUCUGGCGCCGACCUUCCUGGACAUCGCCGGCGUCGAGACACCACCGCAGAUGGAUGGCCGAUCUUUCAAGAUGCUUUUUCUAAAUAAUAAGCGCAGUAGAAGGCCGAAAAUAAAAUGGCCAGAUACAUUUCUAAUCGAAUCGUCUGGUCGUCGGGAGACCCCAGAGUCCAUUGCUGAAUCAAAAGCACGAGAAGCGAGAAGGCAAAAUGCAACGAUUACGAGACAAAUGCAUGGUACACAGAACGAGGAGGUUGACGAUAUUACAGAAACCGAUGAUCCUGAGACCGAUCGUCGAUUUAUAGAAAAUGAUACGGGAAGUGAUCAAGAUAUUUCCGAAGAUGAUUUUGACGAGUCGAUUAUCGAUGAGACAAUAGCUCCGGAAUUGCAUUUAGACAACAGAGUGCAUCCUGUUCAAUCGCCGUACUCAUCGAAACACGAACGUCUUGCAAUUGAAUGUUCAAGACCGGAAGCACAAGGUGAUUGCGUGCAUGGUCAAAAGUGGCGUUGCGAGAGAGACGGUCAUCGUUGGAGAAGACACAAAUGUAGAUACGCUAUACCUCCGCCUAUACAAAGGACGUCGAAAAAGUGUGCAUGUUUCACGCCUCAGGGAUUGGUUUAUACUAGAUUGGAGACUAAUGAUUUUGAUAUGUCAAGAUAUGGAUUUGGGAGAGAUCGAAGACCUUUAGAUCCUUAUGGCGAAACGACUGGAUAUUUCAUGAAACGAGGUAAAAGAGAUAUAUCCGAGAUGAACGAUGAACUCGAGGAAGAGGAUUUAGAUGAUAUAAGAGAUAGACGAGCUAUAGACGAGGAAGAUGACGAUGAAUUCCUUCAGGAUUUGGAUAUCCUUAAAAAAGAUAUUCACGAGGACGAUUAUCUCUUCAGAAAUGCUUAUCGUAAUUAUACGCGAGUAACGCGGAUCGACAUGGAUGAUGAUGAUGAUGAACAUAAGAGCAACGUAGAAGAAAAGGAAUGGGAUGAUCGUCCGAUUUCAAGUUACUCGAUUAACGAUUUCGAUCCUAGUUUAGAUAAGAUCGUAAAAGGUCGAUUAAAUGUCGAAGAUGUGAUCAAGAGACAUAGAAGAGUGCGAAGGAGCGCAACGAAGAAGGAUACGAUUGAACACGUUACACAGAUAAUGGAAAGUAUAGAGGAAGAAUUGGAUGAUUUAAAACAAACACAUGCACGUCAUUCUACUUCACCACGAAUAACUUUACCAUCCAAGUGUUCGGUACUUCCCGAAGGUGGAGUGAAUUGUAGCGAAGCUAUUUAUCUGGAUCCGAACGAGUGGAGAAUAUCCAGACGAAAGAUCGAACAACAAAUUAAAGAGAUGAGAAUGCAGUUAGAGACACUAAAGGAAAUACGUCGACAUUUAAUGAUGAAGCGUCCCCAAUUCAUUCCGGACAAUGAGGAUGAGUCUGCCGACCCAGAGGAACCACAUGUUUCUCAUAAACCACAUUAUCAUACUUCUAAGAAUCACACUAGCAGGCAUCACAAAAAACACGAGAAAGGACCCCAUACGAAUUUGAUUAACGUAACCACUACGACGACCCAGCGAUCUACUUCAAAGUCAACUCAGUUUUCUACCAUUGAAAAAGACUCGACGAUUCACGAGGACAAUAUAAAUAAAUAUAACGUUACUCAAGGAGAAAUUUCGAUUAAUGAAAGAGAUUCUACUUUGGAAUUAUUCGGCACGACUACUACUACUACUAUGUUACCAAAAUCAAAAAAAAUUCCACGUCGACAAAAAAUCAAAGAACCAUCUAAUAAUACUACCGAUAGCGAAGACAAUAAACAACAAAGACGUAGAAAAUUUUCUUAUCAUCGUAAGAACAAUAAUACUCUUCUUACCAAUAGCGUUCACGAUGACGUCCCACCAAGUCAGAAUGUAAAUGAUAAUAUUGGAACUGUUACUCCUAGCCAAGAAGAUGUAACUUUCAAUCAAAGAACACAAUAUAGAUUAAAUAAAUCAACUAAUGUUCCAAUCGUUUUUACCAGUGUUCACAAUGGCACUCAAGAUAAUUAUAGAAGUAACAAUGUAAAUAACAAAUUAACGACGACCGAAUUAACGUCACAACAUGGAUCAUCGUUCGUAACAGAAACACCAGGUUCGAUUGGAACCGUCGAGUUUGGUACACCAGUGUUCAAACCGACUGUAUCUACCGCACUAAAUCAUCCUACUUCAACUACUAAGAACGAAACUACUAGUAUAACUAGUUCAACAAUACAGUUAAACGUACCAACUACAAUUCCUCCUCCAAAGAAAUUACCCAAAGUACAAAAGAACAAAACGAGUACUAUUUUGGGACCAGCUAGAAUAGAUGUCACCAUUUUAGAGACUCCAGAUAGAAAACAUAAACAAGGUAUAACAGCGACAAAUAAUAAUGGUCGUUUACCGCCAUUACUAAACAGUCCUUUAGAAGCACGUCACAAGUGCUAUUGCGAACCUGAUUCGUAUUCGAAGAAAGAUGAAAAAGAGAUCGCUAGAGAGGAAAGGAGACGGUUAAAGGAGGAACGACUUAAGAAGAAAGAACGCAAACUUAAGAAAAAGGCUAAGCUUGAAAAGGAUUGUUUGACUGAAAAGAUGAAUUGCUUCGAGCAUGACAAUGAUCAUUGGCGCACUGCUCCUUUGUGGAAUGCAGGGCCAUUCUGUUUUUGCAUGAAUGCUAACAACAAUACGUAUUCGUGUAUACGUACUAUUAACGUAACGCAUAAUUUCCUUUAUUGUGAAUUCACUACAGGUUUGGUGACUUUUUACAAUUUAAGAAUCGAUCCGUUUGAACAAUGGAACAGAAUAUCGAUGUUGACACCGUCAGACAGAUCUUAUCUUCACGAUCAAUUGGAACAUUUGAAAGGUUGUAAAGGAACGCGAGAUUGUACAGUAGGAAGUGCCAGAGAGACAAUGCCUCAAGUUCAACAACAUCAAAAAUAUAUAUCUAAGAGAAAGUAUAGUAAUACGUUUGAGGAUUUAUUUGUGCCAUCAGCCUUACAAAUUAUUCGAGAAAGUGAACUCGGUAGUCCGCCUAAUAAGAGACGAAAAAAAUUACCAAGCGUUUGGAACAGGCGAAGUCGAAGUUGGCAAAGUAACUUCAGACAUCAUGAAGAUGCAACGGCUUCACGACGUCACAGACAUCAGUAUUGUUUUAGUUUGCCGCUAUUCUCUCGAGAUACUACUUGGCGCCAAAUUUCUUCGUGUAGAUGGCUCCACGUAACAACAUAGUUAUUUCACCAGUAACAUGAGUGAAAGAGAAACGAAUUAUUGCGUACUUUUAUUGCUAUAAUUCUAUAAUAUUAAAAUAGCGAAUAUUUAUGUAAAUAAUUAAAUAAAAAAAAA